CCUCCCUCGUCGGCCUGCGCGGAACCCCACACUCGCCCGAGUCCAGGCCCCAUGGCGUCGAUGGGGGCGGGCGCCUCGUCGGGCAACAUCGCGCUGCGCAACUGCGUCCAAAAGUCGCUCGUCUUCACCCCCGAGCUCGGCAAGACUGCGCUGCGAGUGAAGAGCUUGCACCGCGACUGCCUGCGGUCGGUGGCGUGGACGAAGCGGGCGUACACCGUCCCGCUUCCCGAGCGGGAGAUGCGCGCCCUCGUCUCUCUCGCGUUUCGUGAGAAGUCUUCGAUCAGCGACAUGCACCAGGCAAAUCCCCCCACCGCCGAGAUCAUCCGAGAUCGCCGCGAGGGUCACGCGAGGCCCCCCUCUCCCGCCAGGGAGAGUCGCACAUCAUGCAGCUGUUCGAGACGCUGGCUGAGAAGAGGGAUAAGAUCGCCGAGCCGCCACCGACCUUCCUCGACACAUUCUUCGACGGAAAGUAGUGCUUCUCGCCGACUCCGCUGCUCCAGCGCCGCGCAACCAGUGUAGCGCCCGAUACGCAGGGCCUGCCUCCGCGUGAGCACGGUUCUCGCCCUCUCCUAGCGGCGCGGCGUCCGCACCGGCGCGAGAGACUGCUCGGUCAGGACUCAGGUCGGUCGAGCUGGGGAGCUGGGGGGAGCUGCCGCUGCUCUGCGGCGCCACAUCUACCGCUCGCGUGUUGUUGCGCGCGCGUGGCCGCGACGCAGUCGUUUCGAAGUAUGCCAU